AUGGCGCAGGCCAAGCAGAAAUGCGCUCUGAUAUGCAUUGACGGCUGGGGCAUACCCUCCGACAAGUCACCUCCCAACGGCAAUGCCAUCCUCAACGCCGAAACACCGUGGAUGGACGAAUUUGCGAAAGACGGCUCAAAGUACGCCCAAGGCUACACCUCGCUGGAGGCUUCCUCGCUGGCCGUAGGUCUGCCGGAGGGCUUGAUGGGAAACAGUGAAGUCGGGCACUUAAACAUCGGAGCCGGACGAGUGGUAUGGCAGGACGUUGUGCGGAUCGACCAGACGAUUAAGAAUGGCGAGUUGAGGAAGGUGGAGAAUAUUGUCAAGUGCUUCAAGCGGGCGAAGGAGGGUAACGGCCGCCUUCAUUUGUGUGGUCUGGUCAGUGAUGGAGGUGUGCACAGCAAGUACGACCAUCUGGUGUCUCUCUUGAAAGUGGCCAAGGAGAUGGAGAUCCCAGAGGUCUAUAUCCACUUCUUCGGCGACGGCCGGGACACCGACCCUCAUAGCGGUCUGGGGCACAUGAAAGACCUCCUGGCCUUCACGAAAGAUCUUGGACUCGGCAAAAUUGCUACUGUAGUCGGAAGAUACUACAUCAUGGACCGCGACAAGCGCUGGGAUCGAGUGGAAAUCGGCAUGAAAGCGCUCGUCACUGGCGAAGGCGAAGACAGCUCCGACCCGGUCAAGACCAUGCAAGAACGGUACGACAAAGGCGAGACAGACGAGUUCUUCAAACCCAUCAUCGUCAACGGCGCCUCCGCCCGCGUCAAAAACGACGACACCCUCUUCUUCUUCAACUACCGCUCCGACCGUGUACGCGAGAUCACCCAGCUCCUCGGCGACCAGGACCGCUCUCCAAAGCCCGACUUCCCGUACCCCAGCAACAUCGCCAUAACCACCAUGACGCGCUACAAAACCGACUUCAACUUCCCAAUCGCCUUUUCUCCCCAAGUCAUGGACAAUGUGCUCGCCGACUGGCUCUCCAAGCAAGGGCUCAAACAAUGCCACAUCGCCGAGACAGAAAAGUACGCACACGUCACGUUCUUCUUCAACGGCGGGCGCGAGAUCCAGUUCGACAACGAAGACCGCGACCUUAUCCCCUCGCCUAAGGUAGCGACCUACGACCUCGAGCCGAAGAUGAGCGCCAUGGCCGUUGCGGACCGAAUGAUCGAGCGCAUCAAAGCCGGCACGCACGAUUUCGUGAUGAACAACUUUGCCCCGCCGGAUAUGGUGGGUCAUACCGGCGUCUACGAGGCAGCGGUGAAAGGCUGCACGGAGACGGACGCCGCGAUCGGGAAAGUGUAUGAAGCGUGCAAAGAAGCCGGAUACGUACUCUUCGUGACGAGCGACCACGGGAACGCAGAGGAGAUGCUCACGGAGGAGGGGACGCCGAAGACGAGCCAUACGACGAAUGAAGUGCCUUUUGUGAUGGCGAAUGCGCCGCAAGGGUGGAGUUUGAAGAAGAAGGAGGGCGUGUUGGGGGAUGUGGCGCCGACGGUGCUGGACAUGAUGGGGGUGGAGAAGCCGGAGGAGAUGGGGGGGAGGAGCUUGUUGGAGAAGUCGUGA